ACUGUAGAGACAAAUAGGCUACAAAGAUAAUUAAGGAAGGGACGUACAAUUUUAGAAUAAGUCUGUAAAAAUGAUUAAUUAUAGUCACUGCAAGAGUGUGGCAGUUCUUGUUUUCCUCGCACUUACACCUGCACACUCAGUGGAGAAGAGAAUUCUUCUUGAGGGCAAUGCUCUGGAAGAGCUUCAUUCAGUGAUUUCAGAGGUCGAGCAUCUGAAAACGAAACUAAGUUCACUUGAGACGCAGCUACAGCAAACAGAUUCUGGAUCAUCGUAUGUCAGAUGGGGACGGUCAUCCUGUCCGGCAGAUAAUGAGCUGGUCUACAAAGGUUACGGUGCUGGAUCAGACUAUAGAGUAACUGGCGGUGCAGCUAAUUGGUUGUGUCUCUCGGAGCAACCACAAUGGGGAUACUACGAGGACAAUAUUGCAUCGGGUGCACAAAUAUACGGAGCAGAAUAUGAGUUCAGUGAUUUCCAUUACAAUGGGGGCAGUAAAUACUUCAAACAAAAUCUAAAUGACGAAGAUGCUCCAUGUUCCUUCUGCAGAUCUCCGCGUUCAAGUGUAGCAAUGUUUCCUGGACGUCUUGAGUGUUUUUCUGGUUGGACAAAAGAGUACAGCGGAUAUCUCGUUUCCGGUGCUCAUCAUCAUACGUCUGCCUCUGAAUAUAUAUGUCUUGAUAGUGAUGCUGAAAUGCUUGCUGGCGGAGUAGCCAACACAGAUGGACGAGUGAUUUACCUUGUAGAAGGAAUAUGUGGUACAUUGAAAUGCCCGCCAUAUGUCCAAGGUCGUGAACUUACGUGUGUCGUAUGCAGUAAAUAGCUUGGUAUUAACAUUGAACAUUAUGGCGAUGUCAAUAAUGGUGCUUUGAUUUA